GCUAUCAUCCAAUCCAUUCCUUUCUGAAAAUUCUAGAACCUCUCUCUUUGUAUCCUCGCUUCCCUUCCUUCCUUCCUUCUUCUUCUUAUUCUCCUCCUUCAACCCUCGCCACCUCUCUCACCGCUUCACCGCCUCUCAAUCCCUCUGAGAUUCUCACCCAGGUUUAGCUAUGGCGUCGAAACGUAUCUUGAAGGAGCUCAAGGAUUUGCAGAAGGACCCUCCGACCUCUUGCAGUGCCGGUCCUGUGGCUGAGGACAUGUUUCACUGGCAAGCCACAAUCAUGGGACCUGCUGAUAGCCCAUAUGCAGGUGGUGUUUUCCUGGUUUCGAUUCAUUUUCCUCCUGAUUAUCCAUUCAAGCCACCAAAGGUGGCAUUUAGGACUAAGGUAUUUCACCCGAACAUCAACAGUAAUGGCAGUAUAUGCCUUGACAUUCUUAAAGAACAGUGGAGUCCAGCACUAACCAUUUCCAAGGUCCUUCUGUCAAUUUGCUCCUUGUUGACGGACCCCAACCCCGAUGAUCCUCUUGUGCCUGAAAUUGCGCACAUGUACAAGACUGACCGGGCCAAGUAUGAAGCUACCGCUCGCAGCUGGACACAGAAGUAUGCCAUGGGAUGACCGCCUGCCCGAAAGCUGUUUAAUGAAGCAGCAGCAGCAAUGUCAUGAUUUAUGUAAAACAAAAGAUAUUUUGAAUGAAUUUGAAUGAAUGCUUUCUUCUAUUGUUAGUGGAACUCAACAAUGGUAAGGGACCUGGUUAUGAUUUGUGAAUAUUUCUUUGUAAGGCACUUGUGAUGGAAGAAACGGUAAUGUAAUGUUUAUGCAAACUUUUUGGUUGUUGAUUUGAUAUUCCAAACGAGUAACUGAGUUAUAAAGCCUACAAAUUUGGCAGUUGCUGCA